GAGCUGUGUUCCAGCCCUCAGUUCAUCGCUGGUGGAGCCACUCGCACAGACAUCUGCCAAGGGGCCUUAGGUGACUGUUGGCUCUUGGCUGCUAUUGCUUCUCUCACCCUGAAUGAAGAAAUUCUGGCCCGUGUUGUUCCCAAAGACCAGAGUUUCCAGGAUAAAUAUGCAGGAAUUUUCCACUUCCAGUUCUGGCAGUACGGGGAGUGGGUGGACGUUGUGGUGGACGACAGGCUGCCCACCAAGAACGGGGAGCUGCUCUUCGUGCACUCCGCGGAGGGCAGCGAGUUCUGGAGCGCGCUGCUGGAGAAGGCCUACGCCAAGCUUAAUGGAUCUUAUGAAUCUCUCUCUGGUGGCACCACCACUGAAGGCUUCGAGGACUUCACUGGUGGAAUUGCAGAAUGGUAUGAGCUACAGAAGGCACCACCUAACCUCUUCAAAAUCAUCCAGAAGGCACUUCAGAAAGGCUCUCUCCUUGGCUGUUCCAUUGACAUCACCAGCGCAGCAGAGACGGAAGCAGUCACUUCCCAGAAGCUGGUGAAGGGGCACGCGUACUCGGUCACUGGGGCAGAGGAGGUGAACUUCCGAGGAGCGGUGCAGAAGCUGAUCAGAAUCCGAAAUCCCUGGGGGGAAGUGGAGUGGACGGGAAAGUGGAACGACAACUGCCCGAACUGGAAUGGUGUUGACCCUGAGGUGCGGGAGCGGCUCACCAGGAGGCAUGAAGAUGGGGAAUUCUGGAUGGCGUUCAACGACUUCUUGAGACAUUACUCGAGACUGGAGAUCUGCAACCUGACUCCAGACACCCUGACAAGUGAUAGAUACAAGAAGUGGAGCCUGCUGAAGCUGGAUGGGAACUGGAGGCGAGGGGCCACUGCAGGAGGCUGCAGAAAUUACCCAAACACUUUCUGGAUGAAUCCACAGUAUUUAAUCAAGCUGGAGGAAGAAGAUGAGGAUCCUGAUGAUCCUGAGAAGGGCUGCACUUUCCUUGUUGGCCUGAUUCAGAAGCACCGGCGGAAGCAGAGGAAGAUGGGAGAGGACAUGCAUACCAUUGGCUUUGCAAUCUAUGAGGUGCCCCCAGAGUUUUCUGGCCAGACAAAUAUUCAUCUGAGCAAAAACUUUUUCCUGACCAACAAAGCAAGAGAGAAAUCAAACACCUUUAUCAACCCUUACCGCUACAAGCUCCCUGCAGGAGAAUACAUCAUUGUGCCCUCCACCUUUGAACCCAACAAGAAUGGAGAUUUCUGCCUGCGAGUCUUCUCUGAAAAAAAUGCAAACUCCACGGUUAUAGAUGAUGAAAUUGAGGCCAAUCUUGAAGAGACCGAGAUCAGUGAAGAUGACAUUGAACCCAGCUUUAAAAAGCUUUUUGGACAGCUGGCAGGAAGUGAUGCAGAGAUCUCUGCCUUUGAACUGCGGAACAUCUUGAAUAAAAUCAUGGCUAAACGACAAGAUAUUAAGUCUGAUGGCUUUAGUAUUGAGACGUGCAAAAUAAUGGUUGACCUGUUAGAUAAUGAUGGGAGUGGUAAACUGGGACUGAAGGAAUUCCACACCCUCUGGACAAAGAUUCAGAAAUACCAGAAAAUAUACAGGGAAAUCGAUGUGGAUCGCUCGGGUACCAUGAAUUCGUAUGAGAUGAGGAGAGCGCUGGAAAAAGCAGGGUUCAAACUGAACUGUCAGUUACACCAAAUCAUCGUGGCUCGUUUUGCUGAUGAAGACCUCAUCAUUGACUUUGAUAACUUUGUCCGGUGUUUGGUUCGGCUGGAAACCUUGUUCAAAAUGUUUAAAAAACUGGACACUGAGAAAACAGGAACGAUAGAAUUGAACCUCAUUAAUUGGCUGUUCUUUACAGUCAUUUGAGUCACUGACAUCAGCUUGAGAGACCUCAAAAAAGAGCAAGAUCAGAUGAAGCAACUCAAGCCAACAUACAA